AUGAUAUUUAGGUUUGGCGUUGUUUUAUUCUGGGUACUACUAUUUGCGAAAAUUGAUUAUAUCCAAGCUGCAGGUGUAGCAGUGCAUCUAAACAUCGCGUCAAGAGUUAAGUUCAGCAUCCCUGACUCAUUGAAAGGAUUCGAGAGUGAGUACUAUGCUGGUUCGUUCCAUCCUGAUGCCUUUUACAAUUGCUUUGGUCUUUCACUUGCUGCAGAAAACGCACAUUGGCCUCCAUUUUUGAAAGCUGCCGUCGAAUACUAUGUUCAGCGGUAUGCAUCUAAGGGUUUAGAAAAUAAAAGCUUGAAAGCUUUUUUAUAUGGCGUUUUUACACACCAAGUAGCAGAUGUGGCAUGGCACUCUUUACACUCUUACCAAGGUUUGAUGAGGAUGAUUUCGGAAGUAGAAUUUGAUGGCAAUUUUCAGGCUGCCCACGACUACUUGGAUACUAAUGGAGAUUUUAUACAAUUGAACAGGGAAUUUGAGAAUUUGUCGGAUACUGACUUUUCUGCACUAGUGGAGUUUUAUAAAAAAGAAUGGACCUAUCCCACACAUGACAUUGUCGAAAUUUACCGCUCGUUAGGUUUCCAGGAAAUAACAAAAGCAAAAAUGGAACUCUGUAUGGGCAGAGGAUUUUCCGCUCUUCAAGGGGAGGUAAUGGCAGUUUUGGCUGAUCGUGCUACAAACCACAGGCUUAGCCUCAAUUUACAAAACUCCCCAUUAACUUUUGUUUUAUUGAAUAGCUACUAUUACGGAGGAAUUGACCAGAUCGCAAAUACUUUGGCAAUCUGCAUGAAAGAGCUAGACGAAUGGUUUACGGCUACUGACAUUCCAGAAGCAUGGAACAUUUGUCGGCCUGUAUUCAAAAAACACUCAAUUGAAAAUCAGGGCCUAGGUGAUACCUCAAGAAACUACAUAAGCAGUUUCCCGUCAAAGUUGCAACGUUCUCUCCACCCUCACAGUAAUAAUUUGUACCUUUCAUCAGGAAUUCGUAACUCACAAUUUGGUACUUCAAUAAAAGUUGGUAACUUUCUUGGUGAGCCAACUAUUGCCAUAUCAGCACCUUAUGAAGAUUUUUAUGGAACCGUGUACCUAGUACCAUUGAAAGAAAUACUUCAUGAUAGUAAAGAGUUUGGGCAGAAACUUGGGAUAGACGGUUUCAAAAUAGCCCCUUCUAAUUGGCCCAUAUCCAGUUCUGAUUUUCUUCACGAUUUUCCAUCACGUUUUGGAGACGAAUUAUUCACAUGGAAAUUAAAAGGACACGAAUUUCUAGUGAUUUCUGAGCCUGGUCUGACACAGUUCAAAAUAUUCUUGUAUGGCUCGCUAGUGGCAAUACUAGAAUUCAGCUCUGCAGAAACAGUUUUGGGCUGUAAUGGAAUAAAAGAAUGGACUAUUCUGAGCAAACUUCCUUAUGAUUUGAAUGGUGACGGCUGGCCUGAUUUGGUUUUGGGAUCCAUGUUUUCUGAUGACAGCAGUUCAAGAUCCCAAGGAGGAUUGGUGGUAAUUUUAGAUGGAAAAAAAUUUUACAGCAAUUAUUGUCAUAGACUAAAAUAUUCAUUUAAUACAGAAGUGCCCGUGAUAAACAUCGAUUCGAUAAUACUCCAAACAUAUGAAACUCCAAAGGUUUUGCAUCAAACAAAUCAGUAUGAUCAGUUUGGUGUAUCUUUUGCUACCACAAAAGAUUUGGUUCUUAUUGGGCUCAACUCAGUAGGUGGUGUGGCAGUUUUUGAUAAAAAGUCGGAAAUUUUUUUGGGAUUGUUGUCCAAUGAAGGUCAAGGUUUUUUCACAUCUGAUUUUCCAGAAAGGAGGGCUUCCGAAAAAACAUCUCUCUAUGCUUUCAAUGGAAUUUUGACAGGAAGUUCAAAUGAAUCUGAAUGGAUUAUUGUUUCGGGUGCAGGCUACUCUUUUGAUAGUAUCUGCCCUUUAUGUGGCUUAGCAUAUUUGUACAAGCUAGAGAAUGGAAAUUUUGAGUUGGUAACAAAGUUGACAGCAGAAGUAACGGAAAAAAGUCAAAACUUCGUAUUAUCCCUAUUCAGUUCCUCGAUGGUAAAAAUAUCAGACUCUUUAGUAGUAAUUGGAAGUAGCUCUUUCAAUGAUGGCAGGGGUGCUUUAUUUGAAUUAGACGUGGAAGAGUUACUUGAUCAAAAUAUCAACCUUGAAGAAUAUACGAAUAUUCAACCUUUUUUUAUUGCUGACAAAGGCAUAGGCUUUACGAAUUUUGCUUACGAUAGCAUAGAGUAUUUUGAUCAUGAGAAUCAUGCAUACAUUGCGGUAAGCCUUGCUAACCACUUUUACUCACAAUUUGCUCACGAAGGAGAAAAAUUCAGCGGAUCUGUCCUUAUUAUAAAACUAUAG